UUGUAAGGUUGUGCAAACAUUUGCACUUUACCGUAAUUAUAUUAACUAUAUGUUACGGUAAAAGUAGUGUAUGUGAGUUGUAACGUGGCCCAUGUUGAGACACUGCGCAUGCGCAAUGCAAAUCCGGCCAUAUUUUUACUUUCACUUUGUAGUUCUAUGAGGUAAAAAGGUAAAAGAAACACCGACCGAAUAAACCGAUCAAAAUACAAUCAUUUCUAUUAUCAAAUGUUUAGAACUGUAUCACGCAGUUAUAAUGGAGAGCAGAGAGCAGCUGUAGUGCCGUCGUCGAAUGACGCCAUCACGCCGUUGCGUCAAAACCGGAAAAGUAAUUAAGGAAGCGUAGAUAUUAUUAAGCAUGAUAGUAAGGAAUAAGCUUAAGGAAGCGUAGAUAUUAUUAAACAUGGUAGUAAGGAAUAAGCUCGAUGCGAAGAUUUAAUUAUUAGAAUUAAUGAAUCGCUUUUACGGUCAUUUUACAGCCAUGGGUUGUGUUUGGUGCGCUGUUGUCGGUUGUGGUGUAAUGGCGGUGCUAACAGCUGGAGCGUUUUUAUCCGGAAUGAUGCAUGGUGUGUUUGUGGCUCUCUGCGCUGUAGCUCUGAGCAUAGCUGCCGCUCUCUAUGUCGAGUGUGUGAGGGCAGACAGGCGCAGUGUGUGCAGUGUCGUGCGUCACUACCUGUCAGUUUGGUGUGUGAGUCGAGCAGGGAGAAAUCAGAGAGACGCGCUGGAGAGAGACACACUGAAUGUACGGAGAGCACAGGAGGAGACGCUGCUCAGACGACUGAGAGACACAAAACACACACGAUAUGGACUUGAUUAUCACUUUGACUCUAUCACAGACACCACAGAAUUCAGAAAGUGUCACCCCAUCACAACAUACAAACAUUAUGAGGAGCUAAUACGGCAAGUCGCCUCCGGAGAGAAAAAAGCCAUUGUCAUGGGGGCACCCAUCCUAACGAUGACAUCAGGGUCAUCGGGAUGCAGCAAGAUGCUCUUGAACACCAAAGAAACCAACAGUGACUAUUUCUUACAGGGCAUCUCAGUGUGUGUAGACGUCAUGAGGAAGUCGUUUCCAGAAACGACGAGUCUCCAGACGAAAGUCAGGCUAUUUUACCCAAUGGCUGAGCGUUACUCUGAAGCAGGAGUACAAAUUGUAGCAACGCCGUUUUCCUCUGUACACACUCUCCAUGGCUGUACGAGUCCCCCAGCCAUCUUAGAGGUGCAGAAUGAGCACAGUGCUCUGUACCUUCACCUGCUCUUCGCUCUGAGGGAUCGUCACGUUGGCAUCCUAGAGUCCAGGUUCUCCUGUGUCGUGUUUGAUGCCUUCAGACUCCUGGAGGAGCAUUGGGAGGACCUGGCUGAUGAUGUGGAAUCAGGUCGGAUCAGCUCCAGGAUUGUUCUUGAUGCCUGGCUCAGGUCAAAGCUGGAAAAGGGAAUGAAACCAGAUCCUGUUAGAGGUGAUGAACUCAGGACUGCCAUCAGCAAGGGUUUUGAAGGCAUCGCUCUAAGACUAUGGCCUCGUUUACACCUGAUUCACACCGUUGACUCAGGACCACAUCAGAUUUAUGGAGAGAGUCUCAGGCAGCACUACUGCAGGGGCGUGCCCUUCUAUUCACCGCUCUACGCCACCACAGAAGGUCUGAUCGGAGUGAAUCUGUGGCCGCUCCAGGAGAGCAGACGCUAUCUGCUCUGUCCUCGCUCCAUGUUCUUUGAGUUUCUACCAGAGGAACAUUUAGAUGCACAACAUGGACCAAACACACAAAACACACUCAGCACCCUGCUCAUGGAUGAGGUGAAGGAGGGGAAGAACUAUGAGCUGGUCGUCACCAACGCCUCAGGGCUGUUCAGGUAUCGACUUGGAGAUGUAGUGAAAGUGGUCACGUUUCACAACCAGUGUCCAGUGGUGGAGUUUCUUUACAGACUAAGUGAGACGCUAAAUAUUCGAGGUGAAAAAGUGAACGAAGCCUUGUUUUUGGCUGCUCUAAAGAAAGCAGUGACACAGUGGCCCGGUGCUAAAUUGGUGGAUUAUUGCUGUGCCGAGAGUGGAAUUCUGGGAGACUCAUCAGGAGGAGCUCAGCCUCAUUACCAAGUGUUCCUGGAGCUGAGUGGUGUCAGGAACCUCACAGAGGAGCAGCGAUAUAAGCUGGACAUGUCUCUGCAGGCUGACUGUGCCAUCUACAAGUCAUUCCGCAUCAAAGGCAGCGUCGGACAAAUGAGAGUGCAGCUCGUUAGCAAGGGGGCGUUCCAGGAGCUGAAGAGUUACAUGGUCUCCUUCUGCCACACCUCCAGAGACAUGUUUCAGAUGCAGCGUGUCAUCCGCAAGAAAGAGUACGCUGACUUCCUGCUGAGGAAAACUGUUUCCUGAUACACAGAUUUUCAUCAUGGGAGACAGUGCACACACCCAGAAACACUUACACAGUUUCCAAAGCCAGAGAAUUGAGUGAAACACAACGUAAAUACACACAAUCCUUCUGUGAAUAAGAAACAGAUUUACAGAGAUUAAUAUCUUAAAUAUCGAUUGCUACAGUGUUUGUAGUCAAAGUGUAGCUUAACAACCUGUAUCGUUGUAUCAAGAAUUUUUAUUUAGGAAACUGAUUAAAGUUAGCUAAAUGUUA